CAAAAUUAACCAGAAAAUUCCUCAGCAUCUGACUUAUUAUCAUACCAAGUGGUCUCCCAGUCAGGAUUCAUCAGAACCUGCCUCUCAGCCCUGCUGGGAAAAAAAGAGGAGGAGGAAUAUAAAGAGCUCAAGAGUAAUUUACAGAUUAGAGGACCUGGAGAAAGGAGAGGAGUAGAAGCAGUGUGACUGACUGGUGAAAAUGAUUCUCUUCAUUACCUUGAUGAUGACGUCUCACUGUUUUUUGAAUGGAGCCUCAGCAGAAAACAUGGGAUUGGAGAGGAUAAAGAAAUGUAGCACCAAGUGUUCUCAGGGCCUUGGCUGCAAGACCAAACCAGAUCAAUUGUUCCCUCCUCCGUGUCAGAACCCUGCUGCAGAUCUCAACGCAUCCCCCGUGUUUCACAACGUCAGCCUCUCCACAGUCAUGAGUUGUGAAGGGAGGCAGAAGUGCUCGCUUCACCUCAGAAUCAAAACUGUAUUACAACUCACUGAAUCUAUCCAUGGUAUGACCAUCUGCACAGAAACAGCAGGGAUGUUUACCCACUGCCGAAUCCUCAGUUUUCAAAAAGCAUCUAGAGAGAGCAUGUCUGGACAGCAGGUGGAGGUUGAGGAUGAUUGUACUGACAUUGCGCCGAACCAACAAGUACAAAUAAUAUUGAAAACGUUUCCGGACUACUGUGACAUAACAUGGACUGGCACCUAUGAUGCUCCAAAAUGCAACAAUGAAGAUUUGAGAAGACAUGUCUCACAAUGCAUCACUGGAAGGCUUUCAUAUGAUGUAAACCCAGAGAAGAAGGAGCUGAGUGUCAAUGUGACAGACAUGCUUGAAAAUCACGACUACCACCUCCGCCUGUGCCAUAAGCAUUUCAUCUGUGCUGGCACAGGGGCCAAUGCCCUGAUAAAGAAGGAGGAACUUGUGAAGAGAGCCACCCUCCCGUAUUCCAGACCUUUGCCCUGCCUCUGCAUUGAGGGAUGGUCUGCUAUGAUCGAUGCCCACAGAGUCCGAGUGUGCCCGUUCAAAGACCGUCUGGAGGAGCUGUGGCUUGGAAUUAAUUUUGACCCACUGGAGGAGGUGCUAUCAUGGGAGCCUGCUUGUCCAGUUGCUGCUGCAGUGGCUUUGUGUCAAAAAAGAGAAGAUGGCAUCUGUGAAGAUCUGCCCCUAUCCUCACAGAAUGUUAGCAGAGAGAAGGUAACAUUUACCAAAGUGGAUCCACACCCUCAACUCUGCAUGAAGUUCACUGCAGGCUCUCAGUCCUGGAUCAGGUGCCCCUUUGUUGAUGGGAGAUUUCAAGCACUGGAGGUGGCCGUGAAAAUACAACAGGGUCACAGAGAGGUGAAGAUGUUGUCACAGAUCAAUGCGACUUUCUCUGUGGGCCUGUGUGUGAAGUCUGCAACGUCUCCCAUGUGCCAGACUACUGAGACACACUACCUGCGUUUGGAGAAACAUAAAUCUGUUGGCCUAAACCUGACAGGGGAACUAUGCAAAGGCAACGCUUGCCUCCGGAUAAAGAGGGUCGAUGUGAAGUAUGCUGCCACAGACAUGCAUUGUUUUGACAAAUGCGAUCAAUCAUUUCUCAUGCUUCCUGCCACCAAACAAGGCACUUGGGCCUUGACCUGGGUCAUUGUGCCUAUUGGUAUUUGCCUGUCUGCCAUAAUAACUGUCGCCCUGGUGCUGCACGUAAUGUUAACCGUGUAUCAGAGGAGGAAGGAAAGGGGAAAUGGAGGCUACUGUACCUCUGAAAAGCAAACAGAUUCGGCUCUUAUCUGUGUGGUCCCUACAAUACAAACUCAUCCUGCUCAUCUCGGAGGGGUCAUCAGCGCUCAUUCACCCCAGCAUGGACAUACAGAGAAAGCCAACUUACUCUCUCAUUGACCAAAAGAAUAGUGCUCUGGUCAAAGGCAUUACCACCAAAGUGCAUUGUAAAACUGUGCAGUGUAAAAUGUUACACAAACCAAAUAGAGUUCUCUGCUGAAUAGAGUAUGAGAUGUUGUCACAGAUAUUUCAAAUUGUAUGUUUGUUACUGUUGCUGUUUAUGUAUUCUUUGUGAAAACUAACAUUUAUACUGUCAUUUUUGUAUGUUAAAAUAUUAGCUUCUGUCCUGAAAAGUC